AUGACCAGCACUACCAGCGAUACCGGCAGUAGCACCUACAGCGUCCCCUCCAAAGACCAAAAACAGGAAUGGGCAAAACAACAAUCAAUCCUCAAGUCAAAUCUUGUGGUUGUAGAUGACCAUCCAGAUUGGUCUUUGACGCUCAAGGACGACAACACCCAUCGCCUUGAAUCCACAAAAGGGCUGCAAUAUGUUGGUGGCGUCGAUCUCAGUUUCAUUGUUGGCAACAACGAAGAUGCCAUUGCGUCGCUUAUCGUUCUCUCAUACCCCGAUUUCAAGGUUGUGUAUGAGAAUCACGCUAAAGUCAAGUUGACGCUUCCCUACAUUGCAGGCUUCCUGGCUUUCCGAGAAGUUGAACCUCUCCUGGACUUGAUCUCGACACUCCGAUCCACUCAUCCCGAAUUCGAGCCACAAGUGAUCCUAGUCGACGGCUGUGGCAUCCUCCACCCACGCGGGUUCGGUCUCGCCAGUCACCUGGGUCUUCUCUCCAACAUCCCCACAGUCGGAUGCUCCAAGAACUACCUUGUCAUCGACAAUGACGGCCCUCUGUUGGGAUCAAACCCUACAGCGUUGAAGAAGGACUUCAAAAAGUUUGUCACGACCCAUCCAGAAACCCAUGGCCUCAUGCCCUUAACGGGGACGGUGACGGGGAAAACCUACGGAGCAGCAUUGGCGGCAGCGACGGGAAAAGCGGCCGAGGGUGCACAAAACCCGAUUUUUGUGUCGAUUGGGCAUAAGGUCUCGUUGGAGACUGCUGUGGCGCUGGUGAGGGCUUGUUCUCGGUUCCGGGUGCCUGAGCCCAUUCGACAGGCGGAUUUGAAGAGCAGGAAUGAGAUUCGGAAAUGGUGCCAGCAGCAGGAGAAGGACGCCGCUCUGGCUCUUGCAACUGUCGGGGCUACUAUUACAACAGCAACAGCUGUAGCCAAUUGA